UUCAAACUGGCAAGGAGCGUUGGUGAUUCCUGAAGUUCGGAAGAUAACCUGAGGACAAUGAAUGCUGAGGAAGGUCAAGAUUUGUCCCAAGUUUCAGGGAAAGAAAGUCCUCCAGUAAGUGAUACUCCAGAUGAUGGUGAUGAGCCCAUGCCUAUCCCUGAAGACCUUUCCACCACAUCUGGAGGACCACAGAACACCAAGAGUGAGAGAGGAGUGGCCAGUAAUGUUAAAAUAGAGACUCAGAGUGAUGAAGAGAAUGGGCGUGCCUGUGAAAUGAAUGGGGAAGAAUGUGCUGAGGAUUUACGAAUGCUUGAUGCCUCAGGAGAGAAAAUGAAUGGCUCCCACAGUGGCCAAGGCAGCAAAACUUUGUCAGGAGCUGGAGGCAUCCGACUUCCUAACGGCAAACUAAAGUGUGAUAUCUGUGGGAUAAUUUGCAUCGGUCCCAAUGUGCUCAUGGUCCACAAAAGAAGCCAUACUGGAGAACGGCCUUUCCAGUGCAACCAGUGUGGGGCCUCUUUCACUCAGAAAGGCAACCUGCUACGGCACAUCAAAUUACAUUCUGGGGAGAAGCCUUUCAAGUGCCACCUCUGCAACUAUGCUUGUCGCAGAAGAGAUGCCCUCACUGGCCACCUGAGGACACACUCUGUUGGUAAACCUCACAAAUGUGGAUAUUGUGGCCGAAGCUAUAAGCAGCGAAGCUCUUUAGAGGAACAUAAAGAGCGUUGCCACAACUACUUGCAAAGCAUGGGCCUUCCGGGCACGCUGUACCAAGUCACUAAAGAAGAAACUAAUCACAGUGAAAUGGCAGAAGACUUGUGCAAGAUGGGGUCAGAGAGAUCCCUUGUGCUGGACAGACUAGCAAGUAACGUCGCCAAACGUAAGAGCUCUAUGCCUCAGAAAUUUGUUGGGGACAAGUGCCUCCUAGACAUGCCCUAUGAUGGCAGUGCCAGCUAUGAGAAGGAGAAUGAGCUCAUGCAAACCCAUGUGAUGGACCAAGCCAUCAAUAAUGCCAUCAGCUACCUGGGAGCGGAGUCUCUGCGUCCACUGGUACAGACACCGCCUGGAAGCUCCGAGGUGGUCCCGGUUAUCAGUCCAAUAUAUCAGCUCCACAAGUCCCACACAGAGGGUCCUCCACGUACCAACCACUCAGCCCAGGACAGCGCUGUGGAAAAUCUGCUGCUUCUCUCCAAAACCAAAUCAGUGUCUUCUGAAAGAGAAGUGUCCCCCAGCAAUAGUUGCCAAGACUCAACAGACACCGAGAGUAAUAACGAGGAGCAGCGAAGUGGCCUCAUCUACCUGACCAACCCUCAUUCCCGCAAUGGCCUGUCUAUCAAGGAGGAGCACCAGGCCUAUGAGAUGCUACGGGCAGCCUCUGACGGCUCCCAGGAUGCCUUGCGAGUGAUCGGCAUGAGUGGGGAGCAGAUGAAAGUGUACAAAUGUGAACACUGCAGGGUGCUCUUCCUGGACCAUGUCAUGUACACCAUCCAUAUGGGUUGCCAUGGUUUCCGAGAUCCUUUUGAGUGCAACAUGUGUGGCUACCACAGCCAGGACAGGUAUGAAUUCUCUUCCCACAUUACCCGAGGGGAACAUCGCUUCCACAUGAGCUAAACUCCCCUGUGCUUCAUAGACCGCCAAGAAAAGCACAAACAGAUGCUGCCUGCCAUCGGCCUGAGUACAGACUGAACACUGGAUGAGAGCCUUGUGCUUUAAUUUUUAGGUGGUUUUCAUUUUAUUUUGUUUUGUUUAUUUGUUUUGUGUUUGAUUUUCUUUUGAAAACAAGGAAAUUUUUAUGGUUAGAUGGUAAGUGAUAUUUGGAACCGUUUCAAAUGGCCUUUACUUGAUGUUUCUAUCGACUGCUAUCUGAAAUUCCCUCACUUAGCUAGCAAGCAUCCCACCAUUUUAUGAGAGUGUUAUAAUCAAGACAAAACCUAGGAAAGAAUGAGCCAGCCCCUGUACUGAGCAGAGAAUUCACACACCUGGGCAGAUGUGGGUGGAACCCCUCAGCAGGCUGGGACACUAUGUAGAGAGCCCGUGCCAGACUUCAUGUAUCAUGUUAAUCUAUUAUGUAUAGUGAAACAAACUAUUGGGGGGAAACUAUAUAGGAUCCACUAAAUAAAGUAGGUGGGGAAUCUUUACAACUUGAUCCCAGUUUAGAAACCACUUGAAUAUUGCUCAAGUGGCUUCACUUUCCUACUAUCGGUGGAAAAAGUUUAUCUAUACCUAAAGAUGUCUAUUUCCUCUUCUUCAUCUCCGUUUCUUCUUCAUCUCUUUAAUGACCCAAAAGUCUAUCACUACAUUUCCAACAACAAUUCUGUAAUUCGGAUCUUAAUUUCUUCUCAAAUGGUAAAACUCCUCAGAAGCCAAAGGUUUAGUCCAAAUUCCUUAUUCAUUUCUUUUUUAAAUUUAUAUUUUUUUAUGUUUUCUUUCUCUGAGAUUUUCUACUUACCUCAGGAAGACUGUUGCCUGCAAAUCCUAGUCCUCAUUUUUCUAAGAACAUGAUUGCUUAGUAGUUGCAGGCCUGUAUUUCUGACUGUAGAUAAACUUGUUUCUCUAUCUUCACUGUGUAUUAUUCUUGUUUCAAAAACAAAAAUGAAAACAUUCAGGAUAACCAUUAAUUUCCCAAUUAAAAAUUACAACUAGAGAGGCCAGCAGAUUCUAAUACAUCGCACCUGUUUUAAACUCAACUUUCAAAGAAAGAGAUUAAAACUCUACCAUAAGGAUAAGGCAGCAUCCAUAUGUCUGCACAUAAAUAGGACUCUUGACCCCAUGUCUUUUGUCACUGGGAGAAUUGUAGAUUUUUGGUUUAUCAUGUGGCA